CGCUGAUGACGCAGGGAGGAGGCGGAAGUCAGCUGUGGUUAUAGCCGAGCUACGGGGGAGCAGAGGACCGGGAGCUGCGACUAAAACCAGCACCUGACAUGUUUGCUGCCGGCGGGUCCGGUGGUUCUUCUAUGCCGAGGAGACGAGGUCACGGGGCUCACUCUUUGCCCAAGCAGCCAGAAAGAAGCCUGGCAUCAGCCCUGCCCGGUGCAUUGUCCAUCACAGCCCUGUGCACUGCUCUAGCAGAACCUGCCUGGCUGCAUAUCCAUGGGGGAACGUGCAAACGCCAGGAGCUGGGGGUGGCAGAUGUCCUGGGAACUGAGGAUCCGGAGCUGCUGACAAAGUUCUGUAUGAACCACCAGACGAUACUCCUCCUCCGAGUCAUCGCUGGCUUCUGCUUCCUGGGUAUCGCCUGCAGUAUGACCGCCUUCCUGCUUGACGUCUUCGGCCCCAAACAUCCUGCUCUCAAAAUUACCAGGCGCUACGCCUUUGCCCACAUACUCACAGUUCUGCAAUGUGCUACGGUUAUUGGUUUCUGCUACUGGGCCUCGGAGCUCAUACUCGCACUCCAGCAGCAACACAAACAGUAUCACGGCUCCCAAGUCUACGUCACCUUUGCUGUAAGUUUCUACUUGGUGGCCGGGGCAGGGGGAGCAUCCAUCCUCGCCACCGCUGCCAACCUCCUACGCCAUUAUCCUUCUGAAGAAGAGGAGCAGGCCCUGGAGUUGCUGUCAGAGAUGGAAGCUGACUCUUACCCUGCCGAGUAUGACGUCAUGAAUCCUUUCCAACCACCGCCCGCUUACACACCAUAGCCAGGCCCCUAGGGAGAGGGCAGCAUCAACCGUAAGACUGUCUCCCUACAACAGACGGAGAACCUGCUCCUUGCAUCAAGAGAAGGACAUGUUGGCCAAACUGGUAUAUGGGUAUGGAUACGGGCUCUUCCGCACCCUCCUGCAGCUUGGUCUUCCACACAGAUUUCACAUCUGCUGUUUGUUAUAUUUUUGUGAUUGUUCACAACCUCCAGAUUGCUUUCCCUGUCUAUAGCCGCUUCACCCCCGUGUCUGCCCUGAUACAGGUUUUAAUCGGAGACUCUCCCAGGUUGACUUUGACAGAUAUGGCGGCUGCACGGUGUCACUGACACACACAUGGGUAUGCUGCAGUGCUUACAGUCGUGAGCUCUAUAUUUCCCAUAAACGUUUGAGGAUAAUAAAGGCUAACUCAGUUCAAAUCCUGCAAGAUUAGACUAGAGGUAAUCCUAGUAUUCACCUCAUGCCGCUCUCGAAAUGGUCUGGGAAGCUGAGAUAUGUGGAGCUGUUUGAAAGGUUUUUACAAAACCGCAUGGACUUGUAUGCAGCUGUUUUAUUUGCUUCCCAUAUAUUUCGGUGGGAGAUUCAGAACUGAUUCUGAACCAAGAUAGGGCAUGCUGCUCCUUUUUUCCAUGUCGGGUUAAAAAAGUGCUGCUUCCCAUUAGAAAGAAUGGGAGGCGUUUUUUUGGGAACUGAUUUUGAGGCAUGAACGCUCAAAAAAAACAAACCUCAGAAUUAUCUUGUUUUCUAAGCGCAUUUUGGAGGCGGAUUUUUGUAUUACAA